UCCGCAACAAUUCUCCCGCGCUUUUAGUCUCCCCACAACCUCCAUUGUUGAUUUCUAAAAUUUUGCAUCUUCCAUCGACUCUAGCUAUUGAAUUCUGAUAACUGAAGUGUCAAUAUUCUCAUCAUUGAUAAUGCCAGUCAUUCCAUCAACGGUACUCAAGUUCGCGAAACUCUCGGAGAAGGCCUUUGCACCUGUCAGAGGGUCUACUCAGUCUGCUGGAUACGACUUGAGGAGUGCUUAUGAAUAUGUUGUUCCUGCACGAGGAAAGGAACUCGUCAAGACUGAUCUGCAGAUUGAAGUUCCUGAGGGAACCUAUGGAAGAGUAGCUCCUCGUUCAGGACUUGCUUGGAAGAAUCACAUUGACGUCGGUGCUGGCGUCAUUGAUGCUGAUUACAGAGGAAAUGUUGGAGUUGUCCUGUUUAAUCACAGUGACUCAGACUUCAAGAUCGCCCCCGGUGAUCGAGUGGCUCAGCUGAUCUGCGAGAGAAUAGCUUACCCUGAUCUCAUGGAAGUGAAAACUCUUGAUUCAACGGAAAGGGGAGCGGGAGGAUUCGGGUCCACAGGCAUCAACUAAUUUCCAUCAUCAAACUGGUACAAAAAAGAUGAGACAGCCUCACACUUACCUGUAGACAGUAUUUUGCUGCCUCCAACAUUCACCAUAUUAAAUAAUUAAUUUUCUAAUAAA